UGAGCCAACAGGUUGGUUGCACUGGUCCAAGCGAUACGCCACAGGCCAGAUUCAUUUAACGAAAGCACGAAUCAGUGUGCGAUCUAACACUACGGAUGUAAUAAUCCGCAUGCCACUACCGCUGCAGAUCUUGACACAUUCGAUAAGCAGUCUGAAUGGGUACUGUUGGAUACUCAGUACGCCUUGGGGAUAAAGAAGAGCAAUUUCCCAACCAAGCUCUUGUCAAUUCCUCAGACUCGGCAUCCGCCCAAAAUCUUAACAUGGCAUGCCUAUCUUUGUUCUUUCUAUUAUUGAUGCUGAUAUCUACUGCUUUAGCAGCUGCAAACAAUUACUGUAUUCCAAAGACGACCACUAUCACAUCUACCCGAACGAAAUGCCGAACCAAAUCGGUCUUCAUUACCAAGCAGAUCGUUUCUACGAUCACAAAGACUUUGCCACCCCGUACGGUAAAGACUACUCGUAAUAUCACUAAGAUCUCUACUGCCACGACUACCCACACCAAAUGCCCAACCGUUACCAAAACAUCGACCGUUUCUGUCCCUAAGGGAACAACAACAAUCACAAUCACCACUGGAGCUACGGAAGUCCAAACAAAGACUAUCACAUCGACCAUUACUUCAGUGUCUGGCACCGAGACAAAAACCGAGACCAGUACCGAGACAAAAGCCACUACUCAGGUUGUGACGACGACAGUCAUAUCCUACACCUGCCCUACCCCGGCCGAGGUAUUUCAAAACACCGACUUCGAAGCGUCAAAUACGGACAUGGCACCUUGGCGCGUAGACACCCAAUUUGUGACUGGGGAAGUUUCUUGGGGCCUUGAAGCCGGAAAUUCCGGAUCGGGCGAGGUAGUGUUCGCUGUUCGAGGUGGACCGGGUUAUUGGUAUGGCCCUGCGCUAGCACAGGACGUUAUCCUGUGUGCAAGGCACACAUACACUAUAAGCUUAUCGGUAGCUAUUACAGACGGAUGAGUUCUCGGCGUAAACCUCGAUUAUCAUAUGGGGUUUUGGAGUUGGCCUGGCAUCGAGUCGACUGGGGGGGGAAUGGACGCGCGUGUCUCGCACAUUCGAGAUGAACCCCGACUUCGCAGUUGAGAUGUAUUCGUCGGGUCCACAUACGAUAUACUUCGCCAUUCUCAACUCAUUUGGGUCGC